AAAAGCUAUCCCAAUAAGUUUUUGUUUUGCACAAACAUUCAGAUUAUUCAUCCAAAAGCUUUUCCUAAACAUUCAGACUCGUUCUGAUCAUUCUCUUUCUCUCUGUUUUUUUUUUCUUUUAUUCCUUUCAUCCGUUCAAUUACAGGACCUAAAAUCUCAUAUUCAUGACUUCUCAAGAGAAAGGUCGGCCAUUGCCGAAAUUCGGGGAGUGGGAUGUAAACAAUCCAGCCUCGGCAGAUGGAUUCACUGUCAUAUUUGCAAAGGCUAGGGAUGACAAAAAAGCCGAUGGCACCGCGGCACCAACACAAGCGCCCAGGAAUGACUAUACUUACGGACAAUCUAAUCCUUAUCAGCAAGAACCCAAGAAAAAAUGGUUUUGCUGUUUCUGAAACCAGAAUGCUUCUGUGGCUGUGAGUGAAGAGACUUAAGAUCAUAUUGAAGUUCAAGUCUGCCAGUCUAGUUACAGAGGUGGGAAACUGUGUGCUGCUGCUGCUGCUUCUGUUUCUAUAUUCGUCUAUAAGGUUUCUUAAAAGUCUCUCUACUGUCCCGAAUAUGUAUUUAGGGGAAGCGCUGACCAACUAUCACAAACACGCUAAUGUAUUGUGCUCAACGACAACCUUAGUCACUCUGUCGAUUUAUAUCACCUCUCUAAUUGAACAUGGCCUCUAGAUUGAAUGAUAUAUCUUCUUUUGUGCUGUGCUCAGAGCAUAUAGCUGCUGUUUUCACUAUGUGCUUCUACAAUUAGGAUAUUUAAACUUGCUCCAGCUAUAUGGAUUAUGUAUGUUGUACAUUUUGAGGUAUUUGCCUUUUUAGUCCA